AUGACUGACAGAAGUGCGAGUACAGGAGAUGGAAACCAGGCUUCGUGCAAUCAUUCGGUGAAGACGUCAAUGCAGUUGCACUCGUCCGAUCAUCCUGGUCUUAUGAGAAUUGCUUUAAAGGCCAAGAAUAAAUUAGGCUUUAUAGACGGUACUUGCGAGGAACCUGAUCCUACAUCAGCUGAAUAUGAAGAAUGGACUCAUGUAGAUUCUAUGGUGAUUUCAUGGAUAUUGAACUCAAUGUCAAAGGAGAUGAUAGAGGCAUUUGUGUAUACUCCUACUGCUAGGGCAUUAUGGUUAGAAUUAGAAGAGAAAUUUGGCCAAAGUAAUGGACCGCAAUUGUAUCAACCCAGGAGACAAAUAGCUUCAAUAGAGCAAGGUAACAAUAUUGUUGUUGUGUAUUCGAAUAAUUUAAAAAAACUAUGGGAUGAAAUCAAUUGUUUGGAACCAGUUCCGAAAUGCAGUUGCAAUUGUACAUGUUCUACCUCAAAGAAAAUGGAAGAAAUCAACUACUCCAACAGAGUUAUGCAAUUCUUAAUGGGAUUAAAUUAUUCGUUUGACAAUGUAAGGAAUCAGAUAUUGGUAAUGGAUCCUCUACCGAGUAUAAACAAGGUGUAUGCUAUGGUAAUGAGAGUGGAAAAACAACGGCAAGUUCAUAUUAACUUUGGUGAGUCUGUUGAUAGUAGUGCUUUAUUAGCAAAAUCUGUAGGACAAUCUGCAAAUACUUACAGCCAGGCAAGCAACCGAAGCAACUUCAAGAAGAAAGAAGGAAAGAACAAUGGAGACAGAUUUUGUACUUAUUGUAACACUCCUGGUCAUUUUGUGGAAACUUGUUUCAAGAAAAAUGGUUAUCCAGAUUGGUUUAAAGAUUUGAAGAAGCAGAAGCAACAAAAAUCUGAGAAGACUUUUGCCAAUAUGGCUGAUUCGCCACUUGAGGCAGGCAGAGACCAAAUUAACUCGCUGAACAUGGAUACUCUGAGUUCAUCUUUAGCAGAAAUCAUACAACAAGAGUUGAGGAAGCUUGUGAAGAAUACACAGCAGGUGGAGGAGAACAGAGUUAAUGCAGCACAUUUUGGAGAUUUCACUGAAGAUUUUGCAGGUACAAUUUAUUCUUCUGGUUCUAGUAAGUCACAUUAUACAGUUCAUGGUUCUUGGAUAAUCGAUACAGGUGCUUCGAGUCAUAUGUGCACAGAUUUAACUCUCUUAACUCAUAGUCAUACUCCUACUCAUACCAGCAUUGUUCACUUACCUGAUGGGAAUCUGACUAAUCAAGUUCUUACUGUUGGCAAAGUGAUGAGGAAUCUCUACAUUAUUGAUCACACUUCUUUCUUGCCAACUACUAUCUCUAAAUUCGCUUCUUGUAUCAGUUUUGUUCCUUCUGCUCAUUGUAAUGUUGUUGCUGCUGCUAAUAAUAAACAGUUGUUUGUUGAUUACUUGGAUUGGCACAAGAGACUUGGCCAUCCUUCUGCAACUGUUAUGAAACAUCUUCCUUUUGUAAUAAAUUCUGCAGCUAAUGAAAUUUGUUUUCAGCUGCAAUCAUUUUUUAAGCUUGUUAAAACUCAGUUCUCAACUGUUAUCAAAUCUGUGAGGUCCGAUAAUGGUACUGAAUUCUUAAGCCAAGAAUGCCAUUCUUUCUUCACUGAUCUUGGUGUCCUACAUCAGAAAUCUUGUGUUUACACUCCACAACAGAAUGGAGUUGUGGAGAGAAAACAUCGUCAUCUUUUACAAUUAGCUCAAGUUCUUAUUUUUCAAGUUGAUCUUCGUAUAAAGUUUUGGGGUGAUGCUCUUUUAACAACAACACACCUAAUAAACAAAUUGCCUUCAGUUGUUCUAUCUUGGAAAAGUCCUUAUGAGCUAUUGUUUAACAAGCCUCCGGAUUACUCAUAUCUCAGAGUCUUUGGUUGCUUAUCCUAUGCCACUAAUGUUCAGUCUCACAAAUCUAAAUUUUCUCCUAGAGCUCACAAAUGCAUCUUCAUAGGUUAUGCUCAUGGUUAUAAAGCAUUUAAAUUGUAUGAUUUGGAUGAGCAUCACACCAUCAUAUAUCAAGAUGUUGAUUUUGAUUCACUUGAUUCUUCUGUUUCUGCUGAGCAUUCUUCCUCUACUGAUUUUAUUCCCUCUACACCUUUAUCUUCCACCAAUCAGCCUUUAUUUGAUUCUAAUAUUUUUGCUCCCAUACUGCAGUCAUCUCCUUCCACACAACCUCUUAUCCACCACAGCUCUAGACCUAAGAAGCCACCUAACUGGCUGCAGGACUAUGUUUCCAAUUUAGUUCAUUUGUCAUCUCCACAUAUCCCACCAGCUUAUCCUUUUGUUAAAUUUGUGAAUUUUUCUCCAACAUAUUUGACUUACUUAGCUAAUGUCUCUAUUGUUUGA